GGCGGAUCCAAAAUGGCGUCAGUUGCAGGGAUUCCGCAGUAAAACCGAGCAGCCAGUGAAUGAAGUCAGCUGAUCUCUGACUGCUGUCACGCUCCGCAGCACCCAGCGUUUCCCUCUCCAGGAAAGACACCAACAGGACACUUCACAACCAGACGUGGGACUCAUAAACCUGUGAAGAUGGACUUGUCCAAGCUGCCUAAGAUCAGGGAUGAGGAGCGAGAGGGCCAGUUUGGAUACGUUCAUGGAGUCUCUGGACCAGUGGUGACGGCUACGGCCAUGGCCGGAGCGGCCAUGUACGAGCUGGUGCGUGUCGGCCACAGCGAGCUGGUGGGAGAGAUCAUCAGGCUGGAGGGAGACAUGGCCACCAUCCAGGUCUACGAGGAGACGUCCGGCGUGUCGGUGGGAGAUCCCGUGCUGCGGACGGGGAAACCUCUCUCUGUUGAGUUGGGUCCAGGCAUCAUGGGGUCCAUCUUUGAUGGAAUCCAGCGACCCCUGAAGGACAUCAAUGACCUUACACAAAGCAUCUACAUCCCUCGAGGAGUGAACAUCGGAGCCCUCAACCGAGACCUCAAGUGGGAGUUUUCUCCCAGCAAGAGCCUGCGGGCUGGUAGUCACAUCACGGGCGGCGACAUCUACGGCUUAGUGUAUGAGAACUCCCUCAUCAGGCACAAGAUCAUGCUGCCUCCCAAAAACAGAGGCACGGUCACCUACGUGGCUCCGCCCGGAAACUACGACGUCUCGGAUGUGGUGAUGGAGCUGGAGUUCGAGGGCGUGAAGGAGAAGUUCACCAUGGUGCAGGUGUGGCCCGUCAGACAGGUGAGGCCCGUCACAGAGAAGCUGCCCGCCAAUCACCCGCUGCUGACCGGCCAGAGAGUGCUGGACGCCCUCUUCCCAUGUGUGCAAGGAGGAACCACGGCCAUCCCCGGAGCUUUCGGCUGCGGUAAGACUGUCAUCUCCCAGUCGCUGUCCAAAUACUCCAACAGUGACGUGAUCAUCUACGUCGGCUGCGGGGAGCGUGGGAACGAGAUGUCAGAAGUGCUGCGAGAUUUCCCAGAGCUGACCAUGGAGGUGGAUGGAAAGACUGAGAGCAUCAUGAAGAGGACGGCUCUGGUGGCCAACACCUCCAACAUGCCUGUCGCUGCCAGAGAGGCCUCCAUCUACACCGGGAUCACACUGUCCGAGUACUUCAGAGACAUGGGAUACAACGUGAGCAUGAUGGCCGACUCCACCUCGCGUUGGGCCGAGGCUCUCAGGGAGAUUUCUGGCCGUCUGGCUGAAAUGCCCGCUGACAGUGGCUACCCUGCGUACCUGGGAGCCCGCCUGGCCUCCUUCUACGAGCGUGCAGGCAGAGUGAAGUGUCUGGGCAACCCUGAGAGGGAGGGCAGCGUCAGCAUUGUAGGAGCUGUAUCGCCUCCCGGUGGUGACUUCUCUGAUCCUGUUACUUCAGCCACACUCGGUAUUGUUCAGGUGUUCUGGGGUUUGGAUAAGAAGCUUGCUCAGAGGAAGCAUUUCCCCUCCGUCAACUGGCUCAUCAGCUACAGCAAAUACACCCGCGCCCUGGACGAGUACUACGACAAGCACUUCCCGGAGUUUGUGCCGCUGCGUACCAAGGCGAAGGAGAUCCUGCAGGAGGAGGAGGACCUGGCUGAGAUCGUGCAGCUGGUCGGAAAGGCUUCACUUGCAGAAACUGAUAAAAUCACUCUGGAAGUGGCCAAACUCAUCAAAGAUGACUUCCUGCAGCAGAACGGCUACACUCCUUACGACAGGUUCUGUCCUUUCUACAAGACGGUGGGCAUUCUCUCCAACAUGAUCGCGUUCUACGACAUGGCGCGGCACGCGGUGGAGACCACAGCUCAGAGCGACAACAAGAUCACAUGGGCCAUGAUCAGGGAGCACAUGGGCGAAAUCCUCUACAGGAUCAGCUCCAUGAAAUUCAAGGACCCGGUGAAGGACGGCGAGGGGAAGAUCAAGGCGGAGUACGCACAGCUGCUGGAGGACAUGCAGAACGGCUUCCGCACGCUGGAGGAGUAGGCUCGUCCGGCUCACAGCCGCCCCUGUUUUCAUCUCUGGCCCCCUCCACUGCAGAAUCACAUUCCGCCUCCUCGUAUUCCCAGAAACCUGUGUGCUCUCCUGUGCUCCUCUGUGAGUGGACGUGUGAGUGUGUGUGUGCGUGUGUGUGUG